UCACACAGAUAAAAAGCAGCUAGAGGGAGUUGCGAGCCAGGAAGGGAGGAGGCAGAUGAGAGUAUGAGAUCAAGCGAUAGACAAAGGUAUGAAGAGAUGUAGUCGGGACAGAGAACGGAUGGACAGAAGGCACGAAAAGCUGCAGAAGGAAAGAAUCUAUCUCCCCAACACAUUGGAGCAGAUACUCCACCGAGUCGAGCCAUCCAGGUCUGCCUGAUGCCACCGCGGUGAUUUCCCCUCUCUGCUGCCUUCACCACGGAGCACCGGAGCAACCUGUGCUGGAAGCGGGAGCCUGUUGCCUGGAUACCUCUGCUGUCGCCACGACGGCAAAACGCCAGGGCUGAAGAAGCGCGUGUGCUGUGUGCGUGUCUUGUGUGAGCUGGCGUCGGUGUCAUGGGAAAAACACCGCUGGCUGGCGGUUUGGAUGGCUCCCCCACACGUCCGCUCCCUGGCUGUUCGCUGACAUCGCAUGUAUGAAUGAAGAAGGAAUCUCCCUGCUAUGGAGGCUUCCAGGAGAGCCUGAGAGAGGGGCCGGGCGUGCAAGGAAGGGGGGGUUAGCUGGCACUCUGGUUUGGAAGAUGAAGAAAGCUGAUUUGUAGAGAGGAAGGGAACAACCACUUUAACUGCUGAGUUAAAGAGUGGAGGCAACCGGGACACAAGACCCAAAGACGGAAACGCUAAGCUGCAGCUGCUGGGGGGGCAAACUACAGUGGUGUUGUCUGGAUCACCUGAGCAGCUAGAGGACUGUCUGGAACCAUGCAGGUCCAGUCAUCAGCUGCACUCUCUAAAGCCUCCAGCUUCAUCCUCAAUCAGAGAUGUGUGCUGGCCUCCAAAAUGGAAAUCCACCGUGAACAGAGCAUCUGCCAGGCACGGGCUGCUGUCAUGGUGUACGACGAUGCCAACAAGAAGUGGGUCCCUGCUGGAGGCUCCACAGGCUUCAGCAGAGUCCACAUCUAUCACCACACGGGCAACAAUGCCUUCCGCGUGGUGGGACGUAAGAUCCAGGAUCAUCAGGUGGUGAUAAACUGUGCCAUUCCCAAGGGGCUGAAAUACAACCAGGCCACGCAGACCUUCCACCAGUGGCGGGACGCUCGACAGGUCUACGGCCUCAACUUCGGUAGUAAGGAAGACGCCAAUGUGUUUGCCAGUGCCAUGAUGCACGCACUGGAGGUGCUCAACUCCCAGGACACAGGCCUCACGCUGCCCAGACAGGGGCCACAGGUUCAGAAUGGCCCCUCACAAGAAGAGCUGGACCUGCAGAGAAGGCAGCUCCAGGAGCUGCAGCGACAGAAGGAGAUGGAACGGGAACGUCAGGAAAAGGAGCGCCAGGAACGAGAGCGCCAGGAGCGGGAGCGUCAGGAAAUGGAGCGCCUGGAGCGGGAGACGCUGGAGCGGCAGGAACGCGAGCGCCAGGAGAAGGAGGCGCAGGCGGAGAGGGAGCGGAUGGAGCAAGAGCGCCAGGAGCAGCAGGAGCGCACAGAGCGUGAGAUGAUGGAGAGAGAAAAGGCAGAGCGAGAGCGGCUGGAGAAGGAGCAGCAGGAGCAGUUGGACAGAGAGCAGCAGGACUGGGAGAGAGGGAGACGCAUCUCCAACGCCGCCUUUGAAAGCACACUCUACACCCCCACGCCUCAGGAGUACUGCCGGACCUCGUCCACGCCCGUAUCUCCGUCCACGUCCACUUUCCCGGCUCCCGGCGUGUCCUCGGCCUCCUCCGCCGCUGCCGCCCCUCCAACCCCGCCCCUCAGACAGUCGGCGUCCCGCUUCGCCACCUCGCUAGGCUCCGCCUUCCACCCCGUCCUGCCUCACUACGCCACAGUUCCCAGGCGGCAGCCAGCCUUCCCUCAAGCCCUGCCUCCUGCCCCGGCGCCUGCCCCCACUCCUCCCACCCCGCCCAAGUCCGUGGUGUGGUCGGCGUGUAACUUCACCCCGUUGCCACCCUCGCCCCCCGUCAUGAUCAGCAGUCCCCCAGGGAAGGCUACGGGGCCACGGCCGCUCAUCCCGUUGGUGGCUCAGUCGCCCCUCAGCCAGAAGCCCCCGUCACCUUCACCCAACGGCCCCCCCAUGUUCCCCGCACCCUCACCCGUCACUAUCCCCCACAGCCAAACCCCCCUAGGAAUCGCCUGCCCCACUCCGCCCCCUCCUCCGACCCCUCCCCCUCUUCCCCCAUCGUCUUCGUUCGUCUCGUCUCCCCCCUCCUCAUCCCAGGCUCCUGGUCUGCCCUCUCCCUCCACAGCGCCCCCUGCUGCUGCAGCUGCUGCCACUUGUGUCUCUGCUGAGCACCUCUCCCUCCCCGUGGGUCUGGGCCUGGCAGGGCCUCUGGAACCGGACGCAGCUCAGUGGGGCCCCUGCUGUCAGCCCCAGCCCCAGGAUGUGACUCAGACCCCGGUGCUGACCACCCCUACUCCUCCCCCACCUCCGCCCCUGCCACCCGGCUCCACUGUGACCUCGGCACCCGCCACCCCCACCACCCCGGCCGGCCACCCUCCUCCUCCACCGCCGCCUCCUCCUCUCCCUCCCACCCUGACCCCAGGCGGGACACCACCUCCUCCACCAGGGGCCCCGCCGCCGCCCCCGGCUCCACCCCUUCCUGCGGGACUCUUCUCUCCCACGGAGGACCGCCCCCUUUCGGGCCUGGCUGCUGCCCUCGCUGGAGCCAAGCUGCGCAAAGUGCCAAGGAGUGACGAUGCAGGGGCGGCUCUGGCAGCUGCCCUGUCAGGGGCCACCGGGGCCAAAACUGAGGCCAGAGGCAACGGGCCUCUGCCAGGAGGAGGAGGGCUUAUGGAGGAGAUGAGCGCCUUACUGGCCAGGAGGAGAAGAAUUGCAGAGAAGGGCUCCUCACCUGAACCUGACCAGAGAUCAGAGGAGGGUGAGAUCAACACAACCCCCAAAGUGUCUGCCUGUAGCACACCAGACAUGCCCAGGAAGCCAUGGGAACGAACAAACACCAUGAAUGGUAGCAAAUCUCCAGUGAUUGGAAGACGAGAGUCUCCGUGGAGAAAUCCCAUGGCAGCAGAUUCCUCCUACAGACCCAAAUCCACCCCGACACCUACUGCAUCCUUAAGUGCCAAUGGUGUGCCAACAGAAUCUGUUGAUUAUGACAGGUUGAAACAGGACAUUCUCGAUGAGAUGAGAAAGGAGCUGUCAAAACUAAAAGAAGAGCUUAUUGAUGCAAUCAGGGAGGAGCUGGGCAAAUCCAGCACUGCGUAGAGGAUCCACGCUCCCUUUCCCUCAACAUCCACACCCAUGUGACCAGAAAGCCAACCACAGUCCAAUUCAGAUGAGACAAUUUAACAGCAGAGCAAAGAAAGAAAGAAGUAGUAGUAGUAAUAAUGGAGACGGUGACUAUGACAACAAUCAUAUAAUCCCACAGAACGGACAGAAUUUGCGGAACAGUGUCAGAAGUGGGAAGAAUCCACUCAGUUAACCUCAUGUUUCUGCUGUCCCCUCUGGCCCCCAUCCUCCCCCACAUCGCCUCCUGGAGGACAGGGCACAGUCUGCCAGAGAAGUGACUUGUCUUUAUGCAAACACGCUUUCUCUUUUUUAUUUUUAUUUUUCGUCCCACAGUAACAACGGUACCUAAACACAACACUGAACUCCUCACAGAUGCUGUAGUACCCGCUGAUGCUCAGAGUCUGAACUCCUGGAAUUUCCUAUCUGAUGUUUUCCUGAGAGAGAGCUCAGAGACAGGAAGAAGUCUGGAACUAGAACUCUAAAACUUUUUCCCAUAAUGCCAUUGCAGUAGCGCGCGCGUGUGUGUGUGUGUGUGUGUGUGUGUGUGUGUGUGGGGAUGUGUGUGAGCGUGUAUGAGGGACUGCCAGUCUCAUCUGUAGUCCACCUCUGCAGGACACUGUAAAGCUCGUCUUCCUUCAAAUGCUAUUUUAACCUGAAUAUGUACAAAACAAAGAGAGAGAUAUUUAGAGAGAAAGUAUCUUAUCAAGCGCGUCUGUUUUGUUUAGAUCUACAGUACGGCCAUAUCUAGUAGCUCAAUAAUCCAGUCUUUUAAUGGGACACACUCAUGUCUGUCUAUCGGUGAACUCCUAACCUGAUUUGUUGUAUUCUGUCUCCAGUUUUCCGCUCAUUUAUUUCUCUGUAACAUUCAGCGACGGAUGGAUGAGAUGGUAGGCGGCACCUCCCGUUGUAGCGCUGCUCCAGGAUUUAUCGGGUUCAUGCUGUCACCCUUCUCUCCAUUCGCCAUACUUGGGUGCUCUGUUGGCGUUGGAAGCAUGUAGGGUUUUUUCUUUUUCUAUUUUUGUUUGACACUAUACAAUGAGGAUCACAAGUCUGCCACGAAACUGCAUUAACUGUCUCAAGUUUUCUUACAAGCAAUAAGUGUAGCAUUAGCUCCAAGGCCCACGCUCACCAUCCCAACGCCGCCGCAGGUUUGAAGCAUCUGUCGUGGAAAACUCAGAGCAGCACUGUAAAACAGACUUCUGGAAUUGCUUUUGUUUUUUUUUCUACCAAAUCCAAGAAAAUCUUUAGCCGCUCCGCCCCCCUACAUCAAUAGCAUAACACUUUAAAGACGUUCUCCAGAGGGUGAGCAUGCAAGGACACAAUGUGCCAUUUUGUUUCUCUUAUUUCCUGCCUUUAUUUUUCUGCUGCUGUUAAAAUCAUCCAAUGAGACCUGCAUUUCCUAUUCCUUUAUCCUCCUUUUUCUCUCACCCUUCGGUUCCAUACAUCACUGUUUGUUUUGUUAAACGCUCAAAGUACAAUCAACUUGAGAGGGACGCGUUACAAGCUUAGAGGCUGGUGUCCAAACGUUGAAGCUGUAGAUUACAAAUUAUGGAGAUUACAGGCCAGACAAACCAUUUAAAGUCCAAGUUACUGCUCAGUAUUCCCAUUUUGUGUGAAUGAGAUCCUAAAGAGGGAGAGUUUCACCAGUGCAGUGGAACCAGAGGACUGCCAUACAGCCAAUCACAGCUGCUUCUCUAGGGACAUUUUUGACCUAAAAUUAGACUUUUUUUUUUUAUUCCAUCAUAAUGAUACCUGAAUGGAAAUAGUGUUUUUUUUCUGUGAAAGACUAUACACCAAAGAGCAAAGAAAUCUAAUCCAUCUCAAAGAGACUGGGAAAUAUAGUUAAAUAUCUCAGUAAAAAUGCGCACUUGGGUCUUAAGAGCUGCAAAUGAAGUCAUGAACCUUUACAAUUUGGAUUAUAUGAGGAAAUAAAACAGCUGUCAGUGUGCAGUGAGCAGGCACCGUAAGGCAGGAUUUAACUGCCAUUGUGAAAAACAAAACGAGCACACAGUUUAAACUUUGAACUACAGUGUCUUUAUAAUGUGAAAUAAAAAUAAUUCUCCAUGUGAAUAUUCUAGAUAUUUAGCUUGAGGAUUGUAAAAGCUGCCAACAUCUCCAAAUGCAGCAUGUUUUAUGAAACUUAAAAUGAUAGAGCAGAGCACUUUUUCUGCUCACAGCCUUCCUGUUAUCUAAUGAAAGUCUUGGACUCGGUAGCGCAGACAUGUUCAAAUAGCUUUUUACAUCUCUGACUUUAUAUUAAAUACCUUGCUAAUACUUAAACGAGUUAGCUUUUAUCCCUGCAAAGAGUUAUUUUACCAAAACAUGAGUGGUUAGGUAUGCUGCAUUCACUGACUAGAAAAAUAUUGGAUUUCUUAUUUUCCUAUUGUUCGGUCGCUGAUCUGGGCUCAUCGAGCUGAAAAUCGACCUACUUGAGUCACCAGCUGAUUUUUGGAUCAACUUUACUGUAGUUGUAAUACUUCAGCUAGCUCUGUUAGAAGUUAGGUAAUGAAAAACGACCCAUGCUCGACUUCUUAUGCUUUAUGCACAAAUUAUUUGUCGAUGAGUGUGUCCCUGUAGCUGUGGAAACCCCUGCUGGAUCUCAUUUGACACAACUAUGAUAAAGGGCUUUGAUGUCAUAGCUUUACUAGACAUCACACUCAGUCAUCUCUCGGAUCGAAACAAGAAAGGUUCUGGUGUCACUUUGCUUGGACAGACGCCAUCUUUUAAUUUAACUGUAUAUAUUUUUUCUAGUAGGCAUGCUCUGGCUCUAUAUGUUAAUAAUCCAAACUCAUCUUCACAUCCGUCUUUUUCUGAUUAACGCAGCCGGCCUCCUGAGCUGCACGUUUACUCAAAAAUGAUUGCACUUUAUGACAGAACUGACGAAGCAAUCCAGCAUCCCCAGAAAGCAGUCAUUCAGGGCCUCUGCUGCCAGCGGCAUGGCUCUCUCACCAAAGGAUUUAAGCCAGUAGUCUCCUGCUGAACAUUAUCACUCCCAACAAAAGUCGCCUUUCUUAUUUUUGUAUCAUUCUGUCUAGAGACCUAAAAGCAAAAGGUGUUUUGGGUGUCAGGUGAAAUGCUUUGAUGGGGGGUAGAAUCUCUUUGUAAAGCGAUGUGGUUUGUGCCUUGUUCCGAAGUUGCAUUUAAUAUGUGAAAGAUUUAAUAGUAAUAAUAUGUAGAGGCUGUCGUAGUCUUUUUCAUUUAUCUUUAUGUUCUGACUCAUUUAAAGGGAGCGCUCAGUCGGCUUCGGUACCGUUUCCCACCAAUGAAACAUCUUUCCACCAGGAUUAUUUUAACCUAAAUAUGAUCUAUUUAAACACUUGUUAAAUGUUUCUCUUACAGUU